AUGGGGAUGAAUUUUGAUGAUGAAGGACUGCUGAAUUAUCUUAUCAAUUUUGUUACUGUUAAAGAAAAAAAAAGGAAUGGUAAGAACUUCAACAGGGGAAUUGUUGGUGGUGGCGGCUCAUGGAAAGGAGUUAACAAUAGUAGACCAGUUUACAACAAGAAAGGAUUAAUGAUUGGGUUCAAGAAAACCUUCCGUUUUGAUGAAAAUAAUCAUGUCUGGUUUAUGAAAGAAUAUCGUCUUUGCGAUAAAUUACUAGAGGACUUGAGACUACAUGGUAAGAUUCGAUAUGAGGAUUAUGUUUUAUGUAGCAUUAGGAUGAAAGUCAAUUGGGGUCACUUUCGACAGAAUCUUCUUGCCAGUUCUUCAUCACAAUGUCAAGAAACUGUGAAAUCCAGUGCUGCUAAUGUAAUUCCAUCUGAUCAGUUAAAUAGUACUUUGAACGGGAACAUUCGCCCAGUUACUUUAGUCUUCAAAGAAUCAAAUGUAACCCAAUGGCCUGCUACAAUACAAGAAGAAUGCUUUGUUCCCGUUAUUCAUCAAGAAAUUCCCUCUGUUAGUUUCGGCGCAAUAGAAGAAGAUUGCUCUGUUCCUGUGGUUCAUCCGGAAACACACUCUGUUAGUUUUGCUGCAACUGAAGAAGAAUGUUCUGUUCCUGUGGUUCAUCAAGAAAUUCCCUCUGUUAGUUUCGUCGCAAAAGAAUCAAAUGUGUCUGCUUCAAAAGAAGUAGAAGAAUGCUCUGUUCCUGUGGAAACUCGUCCGGAUAAUGACAUUGCUACUUACCAUAAAGAACUUGAUGCGUAUGCUGCCUCUAUACUCGAAACGAUGGUUCCUUACAUUCCAGAAGUGCAAGAAGAUGAGGAUGACAUCCCACUUUUCAGCGAAGAUUUUUAUAUUGGUCAUACAAAUCUGUGGAGUUAA